AAGACAGGUAUGCAUCCAGCGGUCCACAAUUCCGGGAUCAAGUUUUGGUGUAUUCUCAAAACUUUGGAUCCGCAGAGGAACAGAAAUGGGUCCAUAUACUGGAAGAUUGUUUGGAGAAAUAGACAACAGUGUUCAUAACAAGAACACGUGGGAGGUGAGAGUCUCAGACUCAAACUUUAAAAAAAUAUAUCUAUAAAAAUCUGCUAAAGCUUUGUUUUCAGCUAUGAUAUUUAUUCAAUUUUUAUCUACAUGUUUUAAAAUAAUUUUAUUAAAGGUAUUUGACGAAAGGGGAGAGGUGGCGUUUUACGUUGACGGGGGUUCGGACUCGCAUCCUUCCAGUUGGUUAACUUGUGUCCAAUGUGCAAGAAGUGAUCGUGAGCAGAAUUUAGAGUUAACACAGAUCGACAGGCAUAUUUUCUACAGAGCUAUUAAGGACAUUGCUCCCGGAGAGGAAUUGUUAGUCUGGUAUGGCCAAUCCAGCAUAUAUCACAUGGGACUUCCAAUGACGUCACAACCAACGAGUAGUGUCAGCAAAAUUUCAAGAUGUAUCAGUGGUAAAGAAGAAAAUUGCAUCGAACAGCACCCGACCUCAAUGGACAACGUAGAUAAACUUAAGUGUGUACUAUGCAGGCGCGGCUUCAAUUCUCGCAGCAAUCUCCGUUCACACAUGCGCAUUCAUACGAUGGAGAAACCAUUUACUUGCAAGUUCUGUAACAAAUGUUUCAGCCAAUCAUCAACGUUAAGAAACCACGUGAGAUUGCACACCGGAGAGAAGCCAUAUAAAUGCUACGUAUGUAGAAGUAGCUAUUCCCAGUUAGCCGGACUACGAGCUCAUCAGCGCAGCGCUCGACACAAACCAGUACUGGUUACCACGGAAAACCUGUCAACUGAUUAA